GAGCGCGAGGCCCCCCGGCCCCCUCCUCCUCCUCCCCCCGCUCCAGAACCCCGUUUUUGUUAUUAUUUUAUUUCAUCCCAGCCUGACUUUCCCCCCUCUCUCUCUCUCCCCCUCCCUCUCUCUCUCUCCCUCUCUCUCUCUCUCCCUCGCGCGCGGGUUUAUUUGGAGGGUUUGCGGAGCGGAGAGGCCGCGGGCUCGCGCGCAGGAGGGGGGAUGACUUUAGAGUCGAUGAUGGCUUGCUGCCUGAGUGAAGAGGCGAAGGAGUCCAAGCGGAUCAACGCUGAGAUCGAUAAGCAGCUGCGCCGGGAUAAGAGAGACGCCAGGCGGGAGUUAAAGCUGCUCCUUCUCGGUACAGGAGAGAGCGGCAAGAGCACGUUUAUCAAACAGAUGCGCAUCAUCCAUGGAGCCGGCUACACGGACGAAGACAAGCGCGGCUUCACCAAGCUGGUCUACCAGAACAUCUACACGUCUAUGCAGUCCAUGAUCCGCGCCACAGAGACGCUCAAAAUCCCCUACAAGUACGAGCAGAACAAGGCCAACGCCAUGCUGGUGAAGGAGGUGGACAUCGAGAAGGUCUCGUCGUUCGAUCAGCCCUACGUUAGCGCCAUCAAGGUACUGUGGUCCGAUCCGGGCAUCCAGGAGGCCUACGACCGCCGCAGAGAGUACCAGCUGUCCGAUUCUACUAAAUACUAUCUGUCCGAUCUGGACCGCAUCGCUGAACCGUCCUAUCUGCCCACCCAGCAGGAUGUGCUCAGGGUCCGAAUCCCAACCACAGGCAUCAUUGAGUACCCGUUCGACUUGCAAAGCAUCAUUUUCAGAAUGGUGGAUGUGGGUGGGCAGAGGUCCGAGCGCAGGAAGUGGAUCCACUGCUUCGAGAACGUCACGUCCAUCAUGUUCCUGGUGGCGCUGAGCGAGUACGACCAGGUGCUGGUGGAGUCCGACAACGAGAAUCGUAUGGAGGAGAGUAAAGCGCUUUUCAGGACAAUAAUCACAUAUCCGUGGUUCCAAAACUCCUCAGUCAUCCUCUUCCUUAACAAGAAGGACCUCCUGGAGGAGAAGAUUUCCUACUCGCACUUGGUCGACUACUUCCCAGAGUUUGAUGGGCCUCAGCGGGAUGCACAAGCAGCGAGGGAGUUCAUCCUCAAGAUGUUUGUGGAUCUGAACCCCGACAGCGACAAGAUUAUCUACUCGCACUUCACCUGCGCCACGGACACGGAGAACAUCCGCUUCGUCUUCGCCGCCGUCAAGGACACCAUCCUGCAGCUCAACCUCAAAGAGUACAACCUGGUGUAGGCCGCCAUCGCCGGGGACUGCUCACACACUACAGCACAGAACAGACACACACACACACACAUAUACACAGAGUUACCCACGGUCCACUUUGCUUUCCAGCCUCUGAGGGUUUUUUUUUUGGUCCAGAUGUGCGAGUGUGUUCCAGAUGUUUCCUGCUUUUACCCUCUUUCUGUUUUGCCAAAGCUCGUCCACUUUCUCUUGUCGGCAGCUCGUGUCCAAAACCCAUCCUCCCCCCUUCCCUCCCUCCCAUCCAACUUUUCCUUCGACUUUGACCGUCGGGAUUUUAUUUUUUUUUUUCCAGAUUUGAUGACGGGGGUGGGGUUAUAGACUCCUCGUUUUGAAAACAUUUUUAAAAAUCAUCUUGGUUUGAAAUGGCAGAAUCGAUCAGACAAUAUCACGUUUAUCGACAAAGAUGCUCAUGGAAACUGGAAUUGACAUCCCUCGCUUUUCCUUCUGCUUCUCCAGUCACAUCUUUAUUCUGCCUGGAUGGGUUGAUCGAGCGAGGUGUUUGGGUUUUUUUCCCUUUGGCUUUUUCAUCCUGCUUAACAGAUCAGGGGAAAGUUUUCAAAAAGAAGGUCUUCUCUUAUGGACACAAGGACAAGUGCUGUGGUGCUAGAAGUUCUGAAUGGCUCCAUCACUGGCUCCGUUUCAGAGGAGUCCAGAAUCCGAAGGGUUUUCCAGCGGGUUCGACGGGUGGUGCGAGGCAAGUCUUCACCUCACAUCGAUGAAUGUAAACUGCGUGAGCAAGGUUUUUGGUUUUUUUUUGUAAUCGGGGGAAAAAAAAACUGCCAGAAUGAGGAUCGAGGUGAUACAAAUCCAUCAGUGUAUAUUUGCUCAGAUGAUCAUUUAAAAAAAAAAAAAAAGUUUUAAUCAUAGGUUACUAUAGCUACUGCUGUUAUCAUGUGACGUAUAACAGCGCCUCAAUCAAAGAUGGGUAAGAAAUCGAAAAAUGUUAAGGAUUAUCAGGAUUUAUCAGUGUGUAGUACAGGUAUUGACUCUGUAGGUAUCGUUUUUUGCCAAUUUUCACACAGGUUAAGAUGUUCCGUCACAUCGUCUUUUUUUUUUUUUUCUUUCCCAGGUUUAUUUUCAGGAUUCUUGCAUACAAAGUGCUUGAUCAUUUUCUUUCGUUUUUUUUUUCCACCCCCUCCUAAUUUUUCAAUCACUUGCUGGUACUCUGCACGAAUACUUUUUUAUUUUUUCCUUCCUUCUUCCCACACAGACACUUCUUCAGCAGUGCACUCCGUAAUACUCUGGAUUAUCAGAUAUCACCACCAAGUAGUGGCCUGACGUGCGCACACAUUGUUUUAUUUGUUUACUACCUUUUUUCCUUUCUUCUUCUUUAAGCAGAGACGUUUUGUGAAAUAAGACUUUGUGGAGACACGUAACAUUUAAUUUAGCUUCGUUUGUGCUCGGGAGCUAGUGUUAAGUGAAGGGGUUCAGGAAGUCGCAAGUUAAUUGAUUUGAUUUAUUGUGUAUAUUUAUAUUUGUAAAUACCUAUACACUUUAUUGCUUAUGUAAAAAGAAGUCUGUGGUACAGUAUCUUUGGCAAAAAAGGAAAAAAAAAAUAACUUUGCAGUCGUGUACGGUUUCGGUUGGUUUCUUAUCGAUUAUAUUAUUGAUACUGUGACUUUUUUUUGUUUGUUUGUUUUUGGGUUUUUUUUUUUCUUCACUAUGAUUAUGAUUAUUCAGAAGACAUACACAGCUGUACAUGAAAGCGGUUAUGAGCGAUAGUGUGAGAAAUUGAGAAAGAGGUGUUUUGUUUUUUCUUCUUUUCUCUGUCUCUUUCUCUCUCUCAGGGGAAGAACCCAUGAGUACGGCCCCUCUUACGGUGUGAAUGUUGUUAUUACUCGCAGUAUAAAGAUAUGAAAUGAUUUUCAAGAAGAGGAAUUAAGUAAAGGUGAGCUCAAGUAAAUAAAGAAGUGUUUAUUUAUCUAAUUUAUGGACCAGUUUUGAAGUCGGUGGGGUCUUUUUCUGCUGUAAAAACAAACAAAAACUAUGGAUAUAUCAGCUUUUAUUGCAUUUUAUUUUUUAUCU